AAAAAAAAAGCACAUCUACCUCCCAGCAGGGUUUCUCCAUUUUUUAUUUUUUAUUUUAAAUUUUUAAAUCACAGUUGCAAAGAGCCGGAAGCAAGAAAAAAGCUGCAGCAACGCCUGGGAGCAGAAAUCAAGGAUUGCAGCAGGGCUCAGAUGCCUUCGUCGUGCAAGCGGGGUGGGAGAAAACAUUGGAAAAAGGAGACCAGAGAUCGUAACCUGAGGAAUUGCCCUUGAUGCCAGUACGGUUGCAACGGUUUGGAUCCCGGGGCAGGUUUUGGACCGUCGGGCUGGGUGGUACUUUUGCCUGGAGACCCUCUGAGAAGGACAAUGGAAGAGCAGGACCUCAGAGAUCAUCCGCAGAAGAAAGAUCCUCGCGGAGGGGAAUCCCCGCCCCGAAAGAUGGGCAGAGAGAUCAAGCAGGAACCGGAUGAGGGAUCCCUUCAGCAGUGGGAAGCUCAGUGGCGGGAGUUCCUGAAGACGGUGGAGACCCCGUGUUCGGGGAGCUCUAAACCACCCGUGGAUCCGUGGGAAAACAGUUUGGCCUUCCUGGAUUCCUUCGAGCAGGUGGCCCGAGCCUGUCGGUGGCCCAAGGAGGAAUGGGUGGCCCGGCUCCAGCCAGCCUUGAGCGGAGAGGCCGAGCAGGCCUUUCUGAACCUGGAAGGGUGCAGCAAGAGGGAUUAUGGGAAAGUGAAGGCAGCCAUUUUGCAAAGGGAUGCCCGGCGGCGGGAGGAACAGCGCCAGCAUUUCCGGCGCUUCCGUUACCAGGAAGCUGAAGGGCCCCGAGGGGCUUACAGCCGACUCCAGGAACAUUGCAAGCGGUGGCUGAAAGCGGACAUGUGCACCAAAGAGCAGAUUGUGGAGCUGCUGAUCCUGGAGCAGUUCCUGGCCAUCCUACCGCCGGAGAUGCAGCGCUGGGUCCGGGCGUGCGGCCCAGAGAGCUGCUCCCAGGCAGUGGUCUUGGUUGAAGACUUCCUCGGGAAGAAGGAAGAGCUCAACAUGUGGGAACACCACGCAGGGGUAUUGCAAUGGGUCCUUUCUUAUGAGGUAUUAUCGGAGGAGGCAGCAACAAUCUCCAGAAUUAGCCAAGUUGGUACUGAGGCAGGGUGGAGGAUGAUGUACGUGGAGACCAAACAGGAGAACGAUGACUCCAGUACUGAUCUCUUAGGAUCUGAAUGGAAAAGCGAAACAGAAGGGAAACUGUGUGGAGAUUUCUCUGAAGAAACCGAGCGGGAACCCUUUGAAGAGAAAGUCUGGAGCCGAGUUCAACCCGCACACCGAGAGAGAAACCAACAAGAAGAAUGGAUCGAAAGAUCUCUUCCUUGUCCAGUCGGAGAGUUCCAUGAGAUCUCACUCCAGCAAAACAACCAGGGAGGAGAGGAAAGGAACGGAUGCCUCAGUGAUCACUGGGAAAUGUCUGCCGAGACUGAAACCCAGAAAAGUAUGUUUGGGAAGAACCCCGGAGACAAGGAAAUGCUUUCUGAAGGAGAGAGUUCGUACACAUUUCUGGAAAACGGAGAGAAGUUUCUGGACCCUUUAGUUCCUCCUUCGUAUCGGGCUGCCCAUGCUGAUGGACAACAUCAACCCACUGAGUUCAGCAAAACCUUUUAUGGUCCAUCCAGCCUGCUCAAACCACCGACAGUCCCCAAAACGGAAAAGUUGUACAAAUGCUUGGAAUGCGGGAAGUCCUUCAGUCGCAGCGCCCACCUGACCUCCCACCAGAUCAUCCACACCGGGGAAAAACCGUACACGUGUUUAGAGUGCGGGAAGAGCUUCGUUCAGAGCGCCCACCUCGCCUCCCACCAAAUUAUCCACACGGGGGAGAAGCCGUACAAGUGCUCGGAGUGUGGGAAGAGUUUCAACAAGAGCACCAACUUUCUGAGGCAUCAGAAGAUCCACAAGGGAGAGAAGCCGCACCAGUGCGCCGAUUGCAACAAGACUUUUGCCGACAAACCGAGUCUUAUUCAGCACCAAAGGGUUCACACGGGGGAGAGACCCUACAAGUGCUACGAGUGUGGGAAGAGCUUCAGUCACAGGGGCAGCCUCAAUGCGCAUCAGCGGAUGCACACGGGGGAGAAGCCGUACGGGUGCGCGGACUGUGGGAAGAGCUUCAGGGAUCAAUCCAGCCUUAUUAGACAUAAGAGAACCCACACCGGGGAGAAGCCCUACACCUGCUCCGAGUGUGGGAAAAGCUUCAGCCAGAGCACAAACUUGACUUUGCAUCAAAAGGUCCACACGGACGGAAAGUUUCCGGCAGAUUCUCCCCAAAUACUUAACACGGGGAUGGGCGUGUUAAUGUAUCCACCGAGUCCCGCAAAUGGUUUAGUGGCGCUUGAAAGCUAAGUGGUACUUGACUCAAUAGUAGUAACUAUUUAGAGGGAUCUUGGAGUCCUAGUGGACAACCAUUUAAAUAUGAGCUAGCCGUGUGCAUCAGCUGCCAAAAAAGCCAACACAGUUCUGAGCUGCAUACACAGAGGGAUAGAAUCAAGAUCACGUGAAGUGUUAAUACCGCUUUAUAAUGCCUCGGUAAGGCUACACUUGGAAUAUUGCAUUCAGUUUUGGUCGCCACGAUGUAAAAAAGAUGUUGAGACUUUAGAAAGAGUGGAGAGAAGAGCAACAAAGAUGAUGAGGGGACUGGAGGCUAAAACAUAUGAAGAACGGUUGCAGGAACUGGGUAUGGCCAGUCUAGUGAAGAGAAGGGCCAGGGGAGACGUGAUAGCAGCCUUCCAAUAUUUGAGGGGCUGCCACAAAGAAGAGGGGGUCAACUUAUUUUCCAAUUCACCAGAAGGCGAGACAAGAAACAAUGGAUAGAAACUAAUCAAGGAGAGAAGCAACUUAGAAGUAAGGAGAAAUUUUCCUGACAGUGAGAACAAUUAAUCAAUGGAACGGCUUGCCUCCAGAAGUUGUGGGGGUUGGACUAGAAGACCUCCAAGGUCCCUUCCAAUUCUGUUACUCUGUUAUACUAUUAACUUGCUCCUUCGGUUGCAUCAGAGGCCUUUGUGUUUGCAUUUCCGCUCUUAACACGUUUACUCUGAACUCCAUGACUUUUCUGUCCAAGCUGCACCUUUGUGGAACUUGGAAGCUCAUUAAAAUAUGCAGAAUAUACAGACUGUGUUCCCUGUAUGGCUUCCCUUGGGACUCUCUUGCUUAAAUUGUUACCUUUUGUUGGCAACGCAGGUAGUCCUCGGUUUACAACCAUUUGUUUAAUGACCGAAUUUACAAGGACGCUAAAAAAAGCGACGUAACUUCGCUUGUCUUUUGGUGUUCGCAGAUUCGUUUCUCAUUAUUGAUUUAGGUGUAGCAUUCAAUGGAUUUGGGCAGGGUGAGGUUACUGCCUGGAUUAAUUUAUAUGCAUAUUGGAAUAUAAAACAAGGAGGUGGAAUAAACGACGUCAUAUUUCUCGCCCCAAUGGAUCCCCGGGUUGAAACCAAAGAGCCUAAGAUCCUGUACAGAUGGUCCUCGAUUUACAAUCAUUCAUUUAGUGACUGUUCAAAGUUUCAACAGCACUGAAAAAAGUUGACUUACGAUCGUUUUUCACACUUCCUACUGUUGCAACAUCUCCAUGAUCACGUGAUCAAAAUUCAGACUCUUGGCAAGGGACUCAUCUUUAUGACGGUUGCAGUGUCCCGGGGGGGCCAUGCAAUUCUCUUUUGUGACCUCCUUGACAAGCAAAGUCAACGGGGAGGUCAGAUUCAUUUAAACAACCUUAUUACUAACUGAGCAAUUGCAGUGAUGCACUUAACAACGGUGGGGGAGAAAGGUCGUAAAAUGGGGCGAAAUUCACUGAACAACUGUCUCGCUCAGCGACAGAAAUUUCGGGCUCAAUUGUGGUCAUAAGUCGAGGGCUACCUGUAUUUAUAGGCCUCAAUUUCUUCCAUCCGAGGCGUGUUCUGAAACCCCACAAAUGUUUCAUUAUCCAGUUUCAAAAUUGUAUUAGUUUAUCAAAGCAUUAAAUACAAAAAUACAAGGGACAUUUUAAAAAAAAAUACAGUAGUGGCCAAAAUUGUGGAAACCUUUUUGGGAAAAGUGUAUUUUCUAAAACUGGCUAAUAACACCACUUUUUUUUGGAGUAGUACCAUAAAAUUAUAUAUCAAUGGAAAGAUAAUUUAAUCAAGAAUGUAAUGCAAUAACUUUUAGGAAGGAUUUGCUAUUAGAAUAGCAGUUACAGUAGAAAUAAGAAAAGUGAAACACGUAGAAAAAACGAGAUAUACAAAAAUUAACACCAUAGAAAGAACGAGAUAUACAAAAAUUAUCACAUCAGUUAAUACUUAGUUGGGUAACCUUUAGCAUGAAUUGCAGCCUUACAACGUCUUCCCAUAGAGUGAACCAAGUCUUUUACUUCUGCAGCUUUAAUAAUGUGAAACCAAGAUUGAAUGAUGGCUUCUAUUAACUGGGUUUUGUUGCUGGGUUGCUUCUGACUAACAAGUUUCUUUAGUCAGCUCCACAGAUUUUCAGUUGGGUUAAGAUCUGGGCUAUUCCCAGGCCAUUCCAACAGUGGAAUAUGAUUAUCUUGAAGCUCCAAAAAAAAAAAAAAAGUGGUGUUAUUAGCCAUCAAACCUCAAAAAUACACUUUUCCCAAAAGGCUUCCACAAUUUUGGCCACUAUUGUAAAGGUAAAAUAGAUAAAACUCUUCCAGGUCCAUUUUCUGCCAGCUGUUUUCUUGAAGAAUGAGUUCCUGCCCUUCAGUAAAAUCUAUUCGUCUGUCGCCUCUAUUAUCUCGUUCCAUACGGGCCAAUCGCUUUUUCUCCAGGUAUUGUUCUUCCUAUUCUUGCAUUAAAGUCAUCCAUUAGUA